ACAGUGAAUUUUCGCGAUCAAUCCUCCCACUUGAAACACACACUUUGCGAAAACAAAAUCUGCAGAGAAUUACCGCGCGUUCCCCUUUACACAGUUGUGUACGUGUGAGUGUAUGUAUGUGCACUGAUGAGGGAUGAGCAAUAUUUUGAGAGAUGCUUCUGAACGAUUAUCGUGCGUGUUUUUCCGAUCGAGAAUAGUUGCUUUUUUUUUUUUUUUUUUAGAGUAAUUCUUUGAAAGUGUUCAACAAAAACGGAUCUUAUCGCUUAACGAACUUGGAAUAUCCUCAAGAGAACCUGGUGUGGAGCGCUUGCGCGAGAGACGUCGAGAGGUCUAGGGUGCCCUCCGAUCAGCAGUAAGUGAUCGUCGGUGUUGAACGAACGUCGGGGGGUAGUGCGCCGACGUCGACAUCGCUAUCGUCAUUGCCGUCGGCUUCAUUGACGAGACGAGAAGGCUGACGAGGAGAGACCGCCUGGGUGUUUCGACGCGAACAUGUUGACUACACGGAACUUUGCAUGAUCGUUCGCUCUAGUAUCGAUAAGGGUGCCUCGCACACCAAGUGACAUACACACGCACUCGCGCGUACAUACGUGCGUACGAGCGCGUACACACACACACACACACACACACAAGUGACACAGACGAGGCUCGUCGUGUGAAAACGUGCCGACGGGAUGGCCGAUAGCGAGGGUGGCUCCGAACAGGACGACGUAUCAUUUCUCCGCACGGAAGAUAUGGUAUGUCUGUCCUGUACCGCUACAGGAGAGAGAGUAUGUCUCGCGGCCGAAGGUUUUGGCAAUCGACACUGCUUCCUCGAAAAUAUCGCGGACAAGAACAUACCACCGGACCUGUCGCAAUGCGUGUUUGUGAUAGAGCAGGCUCUCUCGGUGAGAGCCUUGCAGGAAUUGGUCACCGCCGCUGGCUCCGAGACGCAGCAAGACAGUUUAGGAAAGGGCACCGGGUCAGGCCACAGAACUUUGUUGUACGGUAACGCCAUAUUACUGCGACAUCUAAAUAGCGACAUGUAUUUGGCGUGCCUGUCCACGAGUUCGUCGAACGACAAGUUAGCCUUCGAUGUCGGUCUGCAGCAACAUUCUCAAGGUGAGGCAUGUUGGUGGACCGUGCAUCCAGCCUCCAAACAGAGAUCGGAAGGUGAGAAGGUGCGCGUGGGUGACGAUCUUAUCCUGGUGUCCGUCGCUACCGAGCGAUAUUUGCAUACGACGAAAGAAAACGAUCUGUCGGUGGUCAACGCAUCAUUCCAUGUGACACAUUGGUCGGUACAGCCUUACGGUACGGGUAUCAGCAGAAUGAAGUACGUCGGUUACGUUUUCGGGGGUGAUGUGUUGAGGUUCUUCCACGGCGGCGACGAGUGUUUGACGAUACCUUCGAAUUGGAGCCCGGAUCCUACUCAAAAUCUUGUAAUAUACGAAGGCGGUAGCGUGAUGAGCCAGGCGAGAUCACUGUGGAGAUUAGAACUCGCCAGGACGAAAUGGGCGGGUGGUUUUAUCAACUGGCUCCAUCCCAUGAGAAUCAGACAUUUGACGACCGGACGUUAUCUCGGCGUGAAGGAGAACAACGAGCUCUAUCUGGUCGAUAGGAACGAAGCGACGAUCGAAACCUCGACGUUUUGGCUGCGACAAGAAAAGGACGAUCAAAAGAUUGUUCUCGAAGAUAAAGAUCUGGAAGUCAUCGGAAUGCCAAUUAUCAAGUACGGCGACUCCACCGUUAUAAUGCAACAUGCCACUACGUGUCUUUGGGUGUCUUAUAAGUCAUACGAGACAAAGAAGAAAGGCGUCGGAAAAGUCGAAGAAAAACAAGCGGUGCUUCACGAAGAAGGUAAGAUGGACGACGGUCUGGAUUUCUCCAGGUCUCAGGAAGAAGAAUCUCGCACUGCUCGAGUCAUCAGAAAGUGCAGCAGUUUGUUUACACAGUUUAUCACAGGCCUAGAAACGCUUCAAGUGGACAGAAGAGCGUCCAUGUUUUUUCAAAACGUAAAUCUCAAUGAGAUGGUAAUGUGCCUCGAGGACUUGAUCAAUUACUUCGCUCAACCCGAAGACGACAUGGAACACGAAGAGAAGCAGAACAAAUUCCGAGCUCUGAGAAAUCGUCAGGAUCUGUUUCAAGAAGAGGGUAUAUUGAAUCUUAUCCUUGAAGCUAUCGACAAAAUUAACGUCAUCACUUCGCAAGGAUUUCUCGUCGCUCUUUCCGGCGACGAGAGCGGCCAGGCCUGGGAUCAGAUAUCCGGAUAUCUGUAUCAACUUCUAGCGGCCAUUAUCAAAGGCAAUCACACCAACUGCGCUCAGUUCGCUAACAGCAAUCGUCUUAAUUGGCUGUUCAGCCGAUUGGGUUCACAGGCUUCCAGCGAGGGAACCGGAAUGUUGGAUGUGCUUCAUUGCGUUUUAAUUGAUUCGCCGGAAGCCUUGAACAUGAUGAGGGACGAGCACAUAAAAGUGAUAAUCUCUCUGCUCGAGAAACAUGGCAGGGAUCCAAAGGUUCUGGACGUUUUAUGUUCAUUAUGCGUCGGUAAUGGCGUCGCGGUGCGUUCUUCGCAGAAUAACAUUUGCGACUUUUUGCUGCCUGGGAAAAAUCUACUUCUCCAGACGCAAUUGGUGGACCACGUGGCCAGCGUCAGACCAAAUAUAUUUGUUGGCAGAGUGGAGGGUUCAGCUCUUUAUCAAAAGUGGUACUUCGAAGUAACCGUAGAUCACAUUGAACAGACGACUCACAUGAUGCCGCAUCUUAGGAUCGGCUGGGCGAAUACCGCCGGCUACAUGCCUUAUCCCGGUGGUGGCGAGAAAUGGGGUGGAAACGGUGUCGGUGAUGACUUGUACUCGUUCGGAUUCGACGGCGCUUAUCUAUGGACAGGUGGCAGAAAGACCCAAGUCGUUCAGAACACCACCGAACCUUUCAUCAGAAAAAGCGACGUGAUCGGCUGCGCCUUGGAUCUGACGGUGCCCGUGAUAACGUUCACGUUCAACGGUACUCGCAUCAUGGGCUCAUUUCGAAACUUUAAUCUAGACGGCAUGUUUUUUCCCGCAAUCAGCUGUUCGUCCAAGCUGUCGUGUAGAUUUUUACUGGGCGGCGAUCACGGCAGACUGAAGUUUCUUCCGCCGGAAGAAUUCUCGCCGUUGGUGGAGAGUCUGCUGCCGCAGCAGAUUCUUUCGCUGGAUCCGUGUUUCUACUUCGGCAACAUGAACAAAGUGGUCUUGGCAGGUCCUUGGCUUGUAGAGGACGACACUGCCUUUGUUCCAGCCCCGGUCGACACUUCUAUGGUCAAUCUGCCCGCGUACGUCGAACAGAUCAGAGACAAGCUGGCGGAGAACAUUCACGAGAUGUGGGCAAUGAACAAGAUCGAAGCUGGUUGGAUUUAUGGAGAAGUCAGAGAUGAUCUUAGAAAGAUACAUCCUUGUAUAGUUCAGUUCGAGCGACUACCGGCUGCGGAGAAACGCUACGACACUCAACUGGCCGUGCAGACUCUGAAGACCAUUUUGGCUCUGGGUUAUUACAUCACGAUGGACAAGCCACCGUCCAGAAUAAAGACUCUGCGGUUGCCGAACGAGCCGUUUUUGCAAAGCAGCGGAUACAAACCAGCUCCGCUCGAUCUGUCCGCGAUCACGUUAACUCCCAAGAUGGAGGAGCUCGUUGAUCAACUCGCGGAGAACACGCAUAAUCUCUGGGCAAAGGAGAGAAUCAGCCAAGGAUGGACGUACGGUUUGAACGAAGAUUCGGAAAUGAGAAGAAGUCCUCAUUUAGUACCCUAUCCGAAAGUCGACGACGCUAUCAAAAAAGCUAAUCGGGAUACAGCCAGCGAAACUGUCAGAACGCUAUUGGUUUAUGGAUACAUGCUUGAUCCACCCACCGGAGAACAGCACGAGGCAUUGCUUUUGGAGGCCAGCAGGUUACGACAAUUAUCCUUCAGGACUUACAGGGUCGAGAAACAUUACGCGGUCACUAGCGGAAAAUGGUAUUUCGAGUUCGAGGUUCUCACAGCCGGACCGAUGCGCGUUGGUUGGGCGAAAGCUGAUUGCACGCCGGGAAGUAUGCUGGGUAGCGACGAGAAUACGUGGGCGUUUGACGGUUACAACGAGGAAAAAGUUUACUCGGGCACGGCCGAGACGUUCGGCAAACAGUGGCAAAUCGGAGACGUUGUCGGUGUUUUCCUGGAUCUAAUUGACCGAACGAUUAGUUUCUCCCUGAAUGGAGAACUGCUCAUGGACGCGCUCGGCGGUGAAACUUCUUUCGCCGACGUGCAAGGAGACUCAUUCGUACCGGCGUUCACUCUUGGAGUCGGUCAAAAGGCGAAAUUGACAUUCGGUCAGGAUGUAAACACUCUAAAGUUCUUCACCACGUGCGGUUUGCAAGAAGGCUAUGAACCAUUCUGCGUAAACAUGAAUCGUCCGGUUACAUAUUGGUACACGAAAGAUCAGCCAAUAUUCGAAAACACCGACGACAUGGCCGAUACGCGAAUCGAUGUGGCAAGAAUACCGGCCGGUUCCGACACGCCUCCGUGUCUAAAAAUUUCUCACAACACGUUCGAGACCAUGGAGAAAGCUAAUUGGGAAUUUCUCCGAUUGUCGCUACCCGUGAUUUGUCAAUCUACGUUUGUAACGGAAGGUGAAAAGCUACGAAGGUGGCAGGACAUCAAAAUGCGACAAAACCGACUUCUCGCCGAGCAGGUUGAACAAGCGCAGCAAGCCGCGCCGUCGGCUCAUUUGGAACAGAUCAUAAAGUCCGGUUUCAGUAUGAGCGAUAUCAAAGGAUUGCAAAGAAAUUACUCGGAAGAUGCGGCCGAGGUGGACGAGAUGAUGAAGGAGUCGCCACUUCCUAUGCAAAGAGGCAAACCUGCGAGACCGCCUAGAAAAAAUUCUCUUUACGGAUCGCGUAAUUUAGAUAAUGCUAUUAGCGACGCUGAAAUGAAUGGAUACGGCGAGAUGAAUGGCGAUAUAAAGGACGACAAGAAGAAACGCGGUCGCUCGCCUUUCCGCAAGCUUAGCAAAGAAAUGGAGGAUGUACCAUUUUUCUCCCGAAAAACGAAGUCGCCGGAAGCCAAAGCAAAAACACCCGAACCGCAAGUUCGCUCGGACGUUUCGGACAAAAGUAUGUUAGGUGGCAAAAGUGCCAAAACUCCUCAAGUUCGUGUUUCAACUACGGAUUUGAAAGUCGUGCCACCUCAAAUUCCCGAGCGUAAUAUGCCGAAAGCAAUGUCCGUUUUGACCGGAAGUGGCGUCGAAGCGAUCGGUAAUGAAAUUUUCGACGCCGAGUGCAUGAAAAUGAUGAACGAAUAUUUCUACGGCGUGAGGAUAUUUCCCGGCCAGGACCCGACUCACGUUUACGUCGGCUGGGUCACGUCGCAGUAUCAUUUCCAUACGAAGGACUUCAAUCUGUCCCGCGUGAGAAAAGCUUCCGUCGCCAUUAUCGACGAAUACGAUCGUCUCAUGGAACAAGUCGACAGACAAAGUUGUUACAUGGUUCGAGCGGACGAAUUGUACAACGAGGUCACUCAGGACGCGUCGGGCAAGGGCGCGUCUCAGGGUAUGUUCGUUGGUUGCUUCGUGGACACCGCCACGGGCUGGGUGUCCUUUACUUGCGAGGGAAAGGAAACAAGUCACAAGUUCAAGAUGGAGCCGGACACGAAGCUGUUCCCGGCGAUCUUCGUCGAGGCCACCAGCAAGGAGAUUCUCCAGAUCGAACUCGGCAGAACCUCGACGACGCUCCCGCUCUCGGCCGCCGUGCUGCAGAAUUCCGAACGACACGUGAUACCGCAAUUCCCACCCAGAUUGAAGGUGCAGUGUCUGAAACCGCAUCAGUGGGCCAGAGUUCCGAAUCAGUCGCUUCAAGUGCACGCGCUUAAACUUUCCGACAUCAGAGGUUGGUCAAUGCUGUGCGAAGACGCGAUCUCGAUGCUGGCUCUUCACAUACCCGAGGAGGACAGAUGCAUCGAUAUUCUGGAGCUCAUCGAAAUGGACAAGCUGCUCAGUUUCCACGCGCACACGUUAACAUUGUACGCAGCUCUGUGCUAUCAGUCGAAUUACCGAGCGGCCCACGCUCUCUGCCAACAUGUUGAUCAAAAACAAUUGUUGUACGCGAUACGAUCCGAGUACAUGUCCGGACCUCUGCGACAAGGAUUUUACGAUUUGCUCAUCGCCUUGCAUCUCGAGUCGCAUGCGACGACGAUGGAAGUGUGCAAGAACGAGUACAUAAUACCGCUCGGUCAGGAAUUAAAGGACCUUUACGAGGAUUCCGAGAUGAGACACAGUCUUAGAUACUUGGAGACCGAGUCCAUUCGGCCGCAGAUGAAGAUGACGGAAAUCAGGGAUGUUCCUUCUAGCGACCAAGCGAUCGAGAACAUACGGAGCCUGUACAGCCCGCAUUUCCCGCUCGACGUUGUGCGGGAUUACGUGAUGAUGGCGCUCAACGAAGCCGUCGAGGUGAAUCAAGUGCACAAUCGAGAUCCGAUCGGAGGCAGCAACGAGAAUCUCUUUCUACCGCUCUUAAAGUUGGUAGACAGGCUGCUCCUGGUAGGCUUGCUCAGUAACGAGGAUAUAUCCAAGUUGCUCAUCAUGAUAAAUCCCGAAACUUGGGAUCCGACUUUCGACAAAGAAGGGAAAGACGAGCAUCGGAAAGGUUUGUUACACAUGAAAAUGGCCGAGGGAGCGAAACUACAAAUGUGCUAUCUGCUUCAUCAUCUGAACGACAUUCAGUUGCGUCAUCGUGUCGAAUCUAUCAUCGCCUUCGCUUCCGAUUUUGUCGGGGACUUGCAGGCCGAUCAGUUACGACGUUACAUCGAGAUCAAGCAGUCGGAUUUACCGUCGGCCAUCGCUGCCAAAAAGACCAGAGAAUUCAGAUGUCCUCCGCGGGAGCAGAUGAACGCCAUUCUGAGCUUCAAGAAUUUCGACUGCGAAGAGGAUCCGGAGAAUACUCCUUGCGGAGAAGAUUUGAUCGUAAAGAUGAACGAGUUUCACGGCGAGCUGAUGUCCUACGUGUCUCUGACUGCUCUUCAAGAAGCAGACAAUGCUGCUAACGAGUCACCCGAAGAGGUUCAGAAACCCGGUGCUAUGAAGCGGCUCUUCAACUUUAUCAACGCCGUCAAAGAGCUCGAAGAAGAACCCAAACCUGAACCCGAACCCACGAAGAAAACGCCGGAAGAGGUUUUCCGCAAAGUGCUGAUAUCGACCAUUGUAAGCUGGGCCGAAGAGUCUCAAAUCGAGACGCCAAAACUCGUGCGGGAAAUGUUUAGCUUAUUGGUCAGACAGUACGAUAAUGUCGGCGAAUUGAUCAGAGCUUUGGAGAAAACCUACGUCGUCAACAACAAGACUAAGGACGAUGUCGCGUUAAUGUGGAUCGGAUUGAGUCAAAUUCGCGCCUUGCUACCUGUGCAGAUGUCGCAGGAAGAAGAGGAAUUGGUUCGAGAGAGAUUGUGGAAGUUGGUGAACAAUCACACGUUUUUCCAACAUCCCGAUCUUAUUAGAGUUCUGAGAGUUCACGAGAAUGUGAUGGCCAUUAUGAUGAACACACUGGGAAGACGCGCCCAGGCGCAAUCAGACGCCCAGACACAAGCUCAGGCAGCCGAGGGAGAACCGGCCUCGAAAGAGAAAGAUACAUCUCACGAGAUGGUUGUGGCCUGCUGCAGAUUUCUCUGUUACUUCUGUCGCACAUCCAGACAGAAUCAAAAAGCAAUGUUCGAUCAUUUUGAUUUCUUGCUGGAGAACAGCAAUAUUCUACUGGCUAGACCGUCGCUGCGAGGAUCCACGCCCUUGGACGUGGCUUAUUCCUCGCUUAUGGAAAACACCGAAUUAGCUCUAGCCUUGAGAGAACAUUAUUUGGAGAAGAUCGCUAUUUAUCUGUCGCGAUGCGGUUUGCAGUCUAACUCAGAAUUGGUGGAAAAAGGCUAUCCUGACUUGGGCUGGGAUCCUGUUGAGGGUGAACGAUAUCUUGAUUUCUUGAGAUUCUGUGUGUGGGUCAAUGGUGAAAGUGUGGAGGAAAAUGCCAAUUUGGUCAUUCGUUUGCUAAUUCGAAGACCAGAAUGCUUAGGCCCGGCUCUUCGGGGUGAAGGUGAAGGUCUCUUGAGAGCUAUCAUAGACGCUAAUAAAAUGUCUGAACGUAUUGCCGACAGAAGAAAAUAUUUUGCACAGGUACAUGACGAAGCCGAGGGCACCAUGAUGGUGCAAUUCGAGCAUCCACUUCCAGAAUCGGAUGACGAUGAGGACUACAUAGACACGGGCGCGGCGAUUUUAAAUUUCUAUUGCACACUCGUCGAUUUAUUAGGUCGAUGCGCUCCGGAUUCUUCCGUCAUAGAACAAGAGAUGACAGCUUCAGAAUCCGUUGGAAAGAACGAAUCACUUCGAGCUCGAGCGAUUUUAAGAUCGUUAGUACCUCUCGACGAUCUUCAGGGUGUACUGUCGUUACGAUUCACACUGCUCAAUCCCGCCGCUGGCGAGGAAAGACCGAAAAGUGACACACCGUCCGGUUUGAUACCGGGACACAAGCAGAGCGUAGUAUUGUUUCUCGAACGCGUUUAUGGCAUCGAAACGCAGGAAUUGUUCUACAAGAUCCUGGAAGAAGCCUUUCUUCCAGAUCUUCGCGCUGCUACCAUGCUUGACAGAAACGAUGGCUACGAAUCCGACAUGGCUCUCGCCAUGAACCGAUAUAUUGGAAACAGCAUUCUGCCUUUGCUGAUCAAACAUUCCAAGUUUUACAACGAGGCUGACAAUUACGCGAGUUUACUCGACGCCACGUUGCAUACAGUCUAUCGGUUGAGUAAAAAUCGAAUGCUGACCAAAGGACAGCGCGAAGCUGUUUCAGACUUCCUCGUCGCAUUGACCAGCCAAAUGCAACCGAGCAUGUUGUUGAAAUUGCUGAGAAAGCUGACCGUCGAUGUGUCCAACUUAUCGGAAUAUACUACCGUUGCUCUCAGAUUAUUAACUCUACACUACGAUCGUUGCGCUAAAUAUUACGGUUCAACUGGGGGAGGCGGUCAAGGUACGUACGGCGCAUCGAGCGACGAAGAGAAACGUCUGACGAUGGUCUUGUUCAGCAAUAUAUUCGAUUCUUUGUCGAAAAUGGAUUACGAUCCGGAACUAUUCGGAAAAGCUCUACCUUGCCUAACAGCUAUCGGUUGCGCUUUACCGCCGGAUUAUUCUUUGUCGAAAAAUUACGACGACGAAUGGUACGGCAGCAAAUCGGCCUCCACGCAAUCGCCCGACGGACCUUACAAUCCACAACCGAUCAACACGUCCAGUGUGGUGCUCAAUAACGAUCUUAAUCAGAUUGUGCAAAAGUUCUCCGAGCAUUACCACGACGCUUGGGCCAGUCGUAAGUUGGAAAACGGAUGGACCUACGGCGAUCAAUGGUCGGACGUGAAUAAAACCCAUCCGAGAUUGAAACCGUAUCAUAUGUUGAAUGAUUACGAGCGAGAACGAUACAAGGAACCAGUGAGAGAGAGUUUGAAGGCUCUGUUGGCGAUUGGUUGGAGCGUGGAACACGCAGAGGUCGACGUCCCGUCGACCAACCGAAGCUCUAUGAGAAGAUCUUCCAAGAGUCAGGGCGACUCCGCAAAUCCGUUCAAUUACAAUCCUCAUCCGGUGGACAUGACUAAUCUGACGUUGAGCAGAGAAAUGCAGAAUAUGGCCGAACGUCUGGCGGAUAACGCUCACGAUAUCUGGGCGAAGAAGAAGAAGGAAGAACUCGUGACUUGCGGAGGUGGUAUUCAUCCACAACUGGUACCUUACGAUCUGCUGACCGACAAAGAGAAACGUAAGGAUCGCGAGCGAUCGCAGGAGUUUCUCAAGUACUUGCAGUACCAAGGCUACAAACUUCACAAACCUAAUCGCGGUGGCGCCGAGACAGAAGUGGCCGGGGCUAUUCCGUCGGUCGAGUUGCGAUUCGCUUAUUCGUUGCUGGAGAAGUUGAUAGCUUAUCUGGACAAGGCGACGAUCAACAUGAAGUUGUUGAAACCUUCCGACACGUUUAGUCGAAGAAACAGUUUCAAGACCUCCACAAGAGACAUCAAGUUCUUUAGCAAAGUGGUCUUGCCGCUCAUGGAGAAGUACUUCAGCACUCAUAGAAAUUACUUUAUCGCCGUUGCCACUGCGACGAACAACGUCGGCGCGGCGUCAUUGAAGGAGAAGGAGAUGGUGGCUUCUCUUUUCUGCAAGUUGGCGAGUUUGUUGAGAUCGAGACUCGCUGCUUUCGGCGCGGAUGUGAGGAUAACGGUUCGUUGUUUGCAAGUGCUCGUGAAAGGCAUUGACGCGAAGAGUCUCGUGAAGAAUUGUCCGGAAUUCAUCAGAACGUCGAUGUUAACCUUCUUCAACAACACCGCUGACGAUUUGGGCCACACAAUUCUGAAUCUUCAGGAAGGGAAAUACAGUCAUCUUCGAGGUACUCAUCUGAAAACUUCCACGUCGCUGUCGUACGUCAACAGCGUAGUUCUGCCGGUGCUAACCGCAAUGUUCGAUCAUCUUGCCGCGUGCGAAUACGGAAGCGACUUGUUACUUGACGAAAUUCAAGUAGCGUCGUACAAAAUGCUGGCGUCUCUCUACACUCUCGGAACAGACGCUACUUUAACGCAUGACAGAAAGUACUUGAAGACCGAGAUCGAGCGACACAAACCCAAUCUGGGCUCUUGUCUGGGCGCUUUUUCGAGUUGCUUCCCGGUGGCUUUCUUAGAGCCGCAACUGAACAAACACAAUCAAUUUUCUCUUCUAAAUCGUAUCGCCGAUCAUUCGUUGGAGGCUCAGGACAUCAUGACGAAGAUGGAAUCCAGCAUGCCGACUCUGGAAACCAUUCUCAACGAGGUCGAUCAAUUCGUCGAAUCCGAGAAGACUUACAACGACGCGCCUCACGUGGUCGACGUGAUACUUCCUCUGCUCUGCUCGUACUUGCCAUUCUGGUGGGCGCAGGGACCGGACAACGCGACUCCGAGCGAAGGCAAUUUCGUCAGUAUGGUCACGAGCGAUCACAUGAAUCAGUUGUUGAAGAACGUGCUGAAGCUGAUCAAGAAGAACAUCGGCAACGAGAACGCGCCGUGGAUGACGCGCAUCGCUGCUUACACGCAGCAGAUCAUCAUCAACUCGUCGGAGGAGUUGCUGAAGGAUCCGUUUCUACCUCUUGCCGAACGCGUUAGAAAACGAACGGACACCAUGUUUCACAAAGAGGAAUCUCUUCGCGGUUUUAUCAAAUCUUCGACGGACGACACCUCGCAGGUCGAGGCGCAAAUUCAAGAAGACUGGCAGUUACUGGUUCGCGAUAUUUACUCGUUCUAUCCGCUGCUGAUCAAAUACGUCGAUCUUCAGAGAAAUCAUUGGCUCAGAAACAACAUCUCCGAUGCGGAGGAUCUCUACAAUCAUGUGGCGGCCAUAUUUAACAUCUGGUCAAAGUCGCAGUACUUCUUGCGCGAAGAGCAAAACUUCAUAUCCGCGAACGAGAUCGACAACAUGGUGCUCAUCAUGCCGACCGCGACCAGAAGACCCGCUACGGUGUCCGAUGGCACCGCACCUUCCGGAGGUGGCAAGAAAAAGAAGAAGCACCGCGACAAGAAGAGAGACAAGGACAAAGAAGUGCAAGCCUCUUUGAUGGUUGCUUGUCUGAAGCGAUUGCUGCCCGUCGGUUUGAAUCUGUUCGCCGGUCGCGAACAGGAAUUGGUGCAACAUUGCAAAGAUAGAUUUUUGAAGAAGAUGCCGGAAUACGAGAUCGCGGAAUUCGCCAAAACUCAAUUAACCCUGCCGGAUAAGAUCGAUCCUGCCGACGAAAUGUCUUGGCAGCAUUAUCUGUACUCGAAACUCGGUCAGAAAAAGGACGCGAUAGAACCUGUCAAGGCUCAACAACUGGAGGACGUGGUUGCCAGAAUCACCGACAUGGCCAAAGUCCUGUACGGUUUACAUAUGAUAGAUCAUCCACAACAGCAGAGCAAGAGUCAGUACAGAUCCGUGGUGUCGAUCCAACGUAAACGAGCGGUAAUCGCUUGCUUUCGUCAAACUUCCCUACAUUCCUUGCCCAGGCACAGAGCAAUAAACAUUUUCGCGCGAACAUAUUACGAGUUGUGGCUGCAGGAUGAAAACGUGGGUCAAGAAGUUAUGAUCGAAGAUCUCACGCAAUCCUUCGAGGAUGCCGAAUUGAAGAAGAUGGACAAGGCCGAGGAUGAGAGCAAGCCGGAUCCGCUGACGCAGUUGGUAACAACGUUUUGUCGCGGUGCCAUGACCGAACGUUCGGGUGCGCUUCAAGAGGAUCCGCUUUACAUGAGUUACGCUCAGAUCAUUUCCAAAUCUUGCGGAGAGGAAGAGGAAGAGGGCGAGGAGGAGGGAGGCGGUGAGGAGGAAGGCGGAGCCUCGAUCCAUAAGCCGGCGCAUAAGCUACUUAUGAGGACUAUGCAGAAACUAAUGGAACAAGAAAUGGAAAAGCAGAAACUGCUGUUCCAUCAAGCUCGUCUAGCGAAUCGCGGCGUGGCGGAGAUGGUUCUACUGCACAUAUCGGCGUGCAAGGGUGUCCCAAGCGAGAUGGUGAUGAAGACUUUGGAACUUGGAAUUUCGAUCCUGCGCGGCGGCAAUAUUGAGAUCCAGCGAGGAAUGUUGAAUCAUUUGAAGGAAAAGAAAGACGUCGGCUUCUUCACGUCGAUCGCGGGUCUGAUGAAUUCUUGCAGCGUCUUGGAUCUGGACGCAUUCGAGAGAAACACAAAGGCCGAGGGUCUUGGUGUCGGGUCCGAGGGUGCGGCUGGCGAGAAAAAUAUGCACGACGCCGAAUUCACCUGCGCCUUGUUCCGUUUCAUUCAGUUGACUUGUGAGGGUCACAAUCUCGAUUGGCAGAAUUAUCUCAGAACGCAGGCUGGCAACACGACGACGGUGAACGUGGUCAUCUGCACCGUCGAUUACCUGUUGCGACUGCAGGAAUCCAUCAUGGACUUUUACUGGCAUUACUCGAGCAAAGAACUCAUCGAUCCCGCCGGCAAGGCAAACUUCUUCAAGGCUAUUGGCGUAGCCAGUCAAGUUUUCAACACUCUCACUGAAGUUAUUCAGGGUCCGUGCGCGCAAAAUCAACAAGCGUUGGCACACUCGAGAUUGUGGGACGCUGUCGGAGGUUUUCUCUUCUUAUUCUCCCACAUGCAAGACAAGCUGUCAAAGCAUUCCAGUCAAGUGGAUCUUUUGAAGGAGUUGCUGAACUUGCAGAAGGACAUGAUCACCAUGAUGCUUUCUAUGCUUGAAGGUAACGUUGUGAACGGAACUAUCGGAAAGCAAAUGGUUGACACUCUGGUCGAGUCAGCCAGCAACGUGGAAUUGAUCUUGAAGUAUUUCGAUAUGUUCUUGAAGCUGAAGGAUCUCGUAUCAUCUCCGAGUUUCUUGGAAGUCGAUCUCAACAACGACGGAUGGGUCUAUCCCAAGGAUUUCAAAGAGAAGAUGGAGCAACAAAAGAGUUACACCAACGAGGAAAUUGAUUUUCUUCUGGCCUGUUGCGAAACAAAUCACGACGGAAAGAUCGAUUACGUCGCUUUCAUGGAUCGUUUUCACGAACCGUCGAAGGAGAUCGGUUUCAAUCUGGCUGUGUUGCUCACCAAUCUGUCCGAGCACAUGCCUAACGAGCCUAGACUAGCCAAAUUUCUCGAAACAGCCGGUUCCGUUCUCAAUUACUUCGAACCAUUUCUGGGUAGAAUCGAAAUUCUCGGCGGCAACAAGAAGAUCGAGCGCGUGUAUUUCGAGAUCAAAGAGUCAAAUAUCGAGCAGUGGGAGAAACCGCAGAUCAAAGAAUCGAAAAGAACUUACUUCUACAACACGGUGGUCGAGGCCGGCGAGAAGGAAAAAUUGGAAACGUUCAUUAACUUCUGCGAGGAUGCUAUUUUUGAGAUGCAACACGCGAGCGCGUUAAUGACCGUCGAGGAGAGCAGCGGAAUUGGCAAAGCUAGGGAAUCUUCGUACACGUACAUGAGCGAAGACGAUGAGGAAAGAAAAGAUCCGAUUAGACGUAGCAUACAGGCGUUCAAGGAUGGCGUGUAUUACUUCUUCUAUCUGUUCUCACCGACCAAUAUAAAGAACAAAAUUGCCGAGAUGCAACAGAUGACGAUUCCGGAACUUUUUGUCGGUUUCUUCAAAAUGAUCUUCUACGCGUUCUAUUAUUCUGGUUUUGGUGUCGGUUGCGUGAUCAAAUACUUCAUGAAACUUUUGUUGACACUAAUGAGAGGACCACAUGUGGAGGAGCCUAUAGUCGUCAAAGAAGAGGAAGAGAAACCAUUCAGGCAUUUGCCCGCUUUGCCACCGACACCGGAUGAAUCGAACUUACAGGUGCAAGCGUUCGGAAUGGAUAUAACAAAAGAAGAAGGAGGACAGAUAAAGAUAGCGCCUCAUGAAUCGAGCACAUCUACGCCUCAAUCUAGUAUCGAAGAAACUGGCGAGAGUACACCCGAAGAAGGUACCGGAGAAGACGGAGCGAGGGCUGAGGGAGGAGAGAGCGAGGCACCAGUCACUUUGGCCGAUUUACUCGGUGGGGAACAAGCCCGAGCGCAAGCCGCUUCGGCGGCUGAAGCCGCUGCGGCUCAACAAGCCGCCAUGGCAGCGGUUGAAGCUGAAGCGAAACAAGAAAUUACGGUCGAACCAUCCACGGGAUCUAGUAUCGAUCUUUCCCAAUACAGUCAUCGGGUGGUAUCCUUCUUGGCCAGAAAUUUCUACAAUUUGAAAUACGUCGCAUUGGUUCUCGCUUUCUGCAUCAAUUUCAUGCUGCUUUUCUACAAGGUGACAUCUUUAACCGAAGACUCAGAUGAGGAAGGUAGCGGACAAAUGGCGGAUUUGUUGGCGGAAAUGUCAGGCGAAGGCCCGUCAGGAAUAGGAGGUAGUGGCAUGGAAAUGAGUAGCGGUAGCGGCGAAAAUGAUUCCGAAGAGGAAGACGACGGGGCUAACGAAUUCGUGGAAGUGGCAGAGGAUUAUUACUACAUGGCUCACGUAAUGAGGCUAUUGGCUGCUCUUCAUUCUAUCGUUUCGCUCGCUAUGCUGGUGGCGUAUUAUCAUCUAAAGGUACCGUUGGCUAUCUUCAAACGAGAGAAGGAGAUCGCGCGUAGAGUAGAAUUCGACGGUUUGUACAUAGCCGAGACGCCGGAAGAGGACGAUAUCAAGGCACAUUGGGACAAAAUGGUGAUAUCGGCGAAAACAUUUCCCGUGAAUUAUUGGGACAAGUUCGUCAAGAAAAAAGUCCGUCAGAAAUACAGCGAGACGUACGAUUUCGAUUACAUCAGUAAUUUGCUUGGAAUGGAAAAGACUUCGUUCAGUCAGCAAGAAGAAGAAGGUUCUGGCUUGAUACACUUCAUCGUAAAUAUCGAUUGGCGAUAUCAGAUCUGGAAAGCCGGCGUUACCAUCACAGAUAACGCAUUUUUAUACAGUUUGUGGUACUUCACAUUUUCAAUUUUGGGCAACUACAACAACUUCUUCUUCGCCGCUCACUUGCUGGACGUUGCGGUCGGUUUUAAAACGCUAAGAACGAUCUUGCAAUCUGUUACGCACAACGGCAAGCAGCUGGUGUUGACGGUGAUGCUGCUUACAAUUGUGGUGUACAUCUACACCGUAAUAGCCUUCAAUUUCUUCCGCAAGUUUUACAUACAGGAGGAAGACGACGAACCCGACAAGAAAUGUCAUCAUAUGUUAACGUGUUUCGUCUUCCACCUGUACAAAGGCGUGAGAGCCGGCGGAGGCAUAGGUGAUGAGAUCGGCGAGCCCGACGGCGACGAUUACGAGGUUUAUCGUAUCAUGUUCGACAUCACGUUCUUCUUCUUCGUGAUUGUUAUUCUGUUGGCUAUCAUUCAGGGUUUGAUUAUCGACGCGUUUGGCGAACUUCGAGAUCAGCUCGACAAUGUGAAGACAAAUAUGGAAAGCAACUGCUUCAUAUGCGGCUUGGGAAAAGAAUACUUCGACGCGGUACCGCACGGAUUCGACACCCACGUUCAGCAAGAGCAUAACUUAGCAAAUUACAUGUUCUUUCUCAUGCACCUGAUCAACAAACCGGAUACCGAGUACACAGGUCAGGAGACCUACGUGUGGAAUAUGUAUCAACAAAGAUGUUGGGACUUCUUCCCGGUGGGCGAUUGUUUCCGCAAACAGAACGAGACGGUAGAGGAGGAGGCCAAGAAAAAAUAAGAUUAAUUCUAAUGCUGAUUUAAAGUGACCAAUUGAUCGAUCGAUUUGUCAAUCGACGAAAAAAAGAUUUCUCUUCCUCAGAGUCUUCGAUAAUUGUUUAUUGCUCAUAUCGAACGGGAGUAAACAAAUUAAGCGGCGUUCGCUCGAAAAUAAUCAAAUUUCAAAUACUCUACACAUUUUGCAUCGUAAAACACGAUGUGACGAAGGAAGAAUUUUUACCUCGUAUACUCUUCUGUCUCCGUUUUUUCCAUUCGACUUUUUAUCGUUAUUCCGACUAACCGAUAGAUCGAGUUUUUCGACGUGUGAGUAUAAUAUCCGGCGCCCGCACUUCAAUCGAACGUAUAUUCACGUGUGCGUAUAUCUCGCGAGUGAAAUAAUGUCUUUUCAGGCAAGAAUAAGAAAUUCGCGCGUUAUUUAUUCCGGGCGUGUGCAAUGUGAACACGCGCGAUCGGAGAAUUUAGUGGAAAAAAUUAAAUUAUACUAUUUUUCCAACUUUCUAUGUGAACCGCGCGACUGCACGCUCGAACGAUAUUAAAUCUCGAAAUUUCCUCUUUGUACACGGGCGAUCAAUCAUUAGAAGAUUUAACAAAAAAAAAAAAAAAAAAAAAAACCAACCAACGUUAUAUUCGAGUAGCGGUACAUUAUUCGAAUCGAUAAAAAAAAA